AUGGUUGGGUUGACAUCAGCAGCCGGUGUGGUGGGGUUCUUAUCCGAGCCAGAUGCUGAGCUUCAGAUCUUCGCACUGAGGAAAUUGAACGAAGAGAUCGACUCACUAUGGACAGAAGUCGUUGGAUCCGUGGGCGAGGUCGAGGCUUUAUACGAGGAUCCUCAGUUUCCAGAGCGGGAACUGGCCGCUCUCGUCGCGGCGAAAGUCUACUACAACCUCCAGGAAUAUAAUGAGAGCAUGGUAUUUGCCCUCGGUGCCGGCAAGCUAUUCAACCUGGACCACGAGGGUGAAUUCGAGGAUACUAUCAUAUCUAAAUGCGUGGAUACCUACAUCGCUCUCUCUGAUACAGCUCUCACAAGCGAUGUAAAUCAGCCAACUCAGCUCAACACCGCCUUUCCUUCGACAGUAAAUGGAGCCACAAGUACAUCAGCAAGUCUCGCUUCCCCUACGAUGCCAUUCUCACACGCAACCCUCCCGUCGAAGUCCCUACUUUCACGCCAAGACAGUACAAAUACGUUCGAUCCGGCGGGUGCCCCCGCCCCCACGACCGCUCUACCUCCGUCACUCGCACAGCAACGAGGGAUCCAGAAACCUUUACAAGCGGUAAUAGACCAGUUGUUCGAGCGAUGUUUCCGGGACAGGCGUUAUCGCCAAGUGGUAGGAAUCGCGGUAGAAGCACGCAAGUUCGAUGUCAUUCGACGGGCUAUACUCCGUGCGAGCGACGAUGAGAAGGGCAACAAGCCGGCCAAGGAUGGCAUUGGACAAGUUGACGAGCUGCUGGAGUACCUACUGGGUAUCUGUAUGGACGUAGUCCAGGAGCGCGGAUUGCGCCAGGAGCUACUGCGUCUCAUCCUCGGUCUACUGCGGGAUGUUCCCUCUCCAGAUGUCUUUUCGAUAGCAAAAUGCAUUGUUUAUCUGAAUGAGCAUUUGAUGGCAUCGAAGCUACUGGCAGAUUUGGUUGAGACUGGCGGGCCACGCCGCCUAGCCGAAGCCUACCAAAUUGCCUUCGACCUGUACGACAACAGCUCUCAAGAAUUUUUGAAGAAAGUUAGGGAAGGCCUUCCGAAGAGCCCAGAGCCCACAGCCGCUCAGACUACUGAUGGCGUAGAUAAGAUGGAUGAAGACAAAGUCGAUGAUGCUCAAGAGACUGACAAGCUCUUGUCGGAGUCGGACAGCAAUGCUGCUGCUCCGAGUUCUUCGCUGGAUAAUUCUGUGGAAAAGCCCCAGCCAAUCAGUCCAGAGGCGGAGAAAGCAUUUGACUCGAUACGGGAGAUCCUAUCAGGGACCAAAACCAUUCAAUUGAACCUCGAAUUCCUCUACCGAAACAAUCAUGCCGAUGUUGCCAUACUCAACAAGCUCAAAGAUAGUCUGGAAGCACGGAACUCGAUUUUCCAUACCGCAGUUACAUUGUCAUGUGGGUUCAUGAACGCCGGCACUAUGAAUGCCAACUUCUUCCGCGACAAUCUGGACUGGCUCGGUAAAGCGGUCAACUGGUCAAAAUUCACCGCCACUGCUGCCCUUGGAGUUAUACAUCGCGGUGAUCUUGGCAAUGGGCAGACACUCUUGAAGCCAUACCUGCCAAAGGAUACUGUCGAGGGUGCAAACACUGGCUCUGUCUACAGUCAGGGAGGUUCACUUUAUGCCAUGGGUCUCAUCUACGCUAACCACGAGACGUUUGCGUUGGAACUUAUCCGUGACCAUUUCAAGAAGGCCACGGAGGAAGUCGUGCAACAUGGUGGUGCCCUAGGCUUAGGCGUUGCUGGCAUGGCUACUGGCGAUGAGGGCAUCUACGAUGACCUCAAAGGUGUCCUCUACACGGACUCAGCUCUGAACGGUGAGGCUGUAGGCAUCGCAAUGGGCUUGAUAAUGCUGGGGACUGGCAACAUUAAGGCCCUCGAGGAUAUGAUCCAAUACGCUCAUGAUACACAACACGAGAAGAUCGUCCGUGGCCUCGGUCUUGGAAUGGCACUCAUAAUGUACGGCCGGCAAGAGGGAGCAGAUGAAUUGGUGAAUGGCCUUUUGGAUGACCCUGAUCCAAUUCUCCGAUACGGAGGCAUCCAGACCCUCGCGCUUGCUUAUUGCGGCACUGGCAGCAACAAGGCUGUUCGCAAGCUGCUUCAUGUGGCCGUCAGCGAUGUUAGUGAUGACGUAAGGAGAUACGCCGUUAUGAGUCUCGGCUUCAUCCUCUUCAGAAAGCCUAAGAGUGUACCGCGUAUGGUCGAGCUACUGUCAGAGUCGUACAACCCACACGUCCGAUACGGCGCAGCAAUGGCACUGGGUAUAUCUUGUGCAGGUACUGGUCUGGACGAAGCCAUCGACCUUCUGGAGCCAAUGAUCAAGGACCCAACUGACUUCGUGCGUCAAGGAGCACUCAUUGCCCUUUCCAUGAUCAUGGUACAGCAAAACGAGGCCAUGAACCCGAAGGUUGGCACUAUUCGAAAGACACUGCAAAAAGCCAUCGGCGACCGGCAUGAAGAUGCCAUGACCAAGUUUGGCAGUGCCAUCUCUUUGGGUAUCAUCGAUGCUGGUGGCCGCAACUGCACGAUAAGCCUCCAGACCCAGACGGGUAACUUGAACAUGGCUGGUAUUGUCGGAAUGGCAGUGUUCACUCAAUACUGGUACUGGUUUCCUCUAACACACUUCCUGUCCCUGAGCUUCACUCCGACGUCAGUCAUUGGUCUUGACCAGGACCUUGAGGUUCCCAGCUUCAAGUUUCACAGCGCGACUCGACCUAGUCUGUUCGACUAUCCUCCAGAGCAAGAAGCCAAGACGGAGGAUGCUCCGGAGAAAGUCAAGACCGCCGUGCUCUCGACAACUGCCCAAGCGAAGCGUAGAGCGCAGAGAAAAGAAAAGCAGCAGAGACGCGAGAGCAUGGACAUCGACCAGACGCCCACCGCGCCAAAGGCAGACGCUAGGGACAAGAUGGACACUGACGAGCCCGCUGUCAAGACCGAGGGUGACGGCGAGAAGAAAGAUGAAGAAGAAGCCAAAGAAUCGGAUAAGCCUGAAGGCUUGAAGAAGAAAAUGGAGAAAGAAAAAGUGGGCUUCGGUCUCGAAAACAUGUCGCGAGUACUACCGGCACAGCUCAAAUUCGUCAGCUUCCCAGAUGAACGCUACGAGCCCGUUAAGAAGCCCACCGGGGGCGUGAUACUGCUGACCGACACCAAGCCUUCAGAGUCAAAGACGCUCUUGGAGAUGAAGAAAGCCAAAAAGCCCGCUCAGUCCGCUGUCCUACCAGGUUCAUUACAAGAUCAUGUUGAAGCUGCGAUGGCUCAAGGGGAGGCGACUAGGGAGGCUACUAGGGAGGCAAGCGGUGCAGCCGAGGCAGCUGGGGUUUUGACCGCGCUUGAUGAGGGUGGUGAAGGGGAAGAGGACGCAGAGGUGCCGCAUGAAUUCGAAUAUCACUCUGACAACGAGUGA